AUGAAGUCGUCUGCUCUAAUUUCUGGACUUCUCUUAGGAAUCAUCUCUCAAACCUCAGCUGCAAUUAUGAGAAUACCCGGACCAAGCGCAGAUAUUGGUACCGCCCUUCAUGGCACUCUGGGUGAUACUUCUGGUGUAGUGGCUUGGUCGGGUUCUUUUACAGAGAUGCAGGACAGACUAGCCGAAGGACAAAGACUUGCACAUCUACCGCCUCCUAAGUGGGAAUUGGGAUCUCCUUUAGCAGCGAACGACGCAAAAGAAGCAGCUUUGGGACCUUCUACGCUUGACCAACACCUCGAUGUAAAAUCUGAACAAUACAAGACGAUUCAAUUGGCCGAUAGAAGGAUCUUGAAGGGUGGAAGUGGUAAAGCAAUUAAAUUUCGUCCUGGCGCGGGCUCUUUGGCGGCUGACACACCCUUCUCCACAAAGUUAACCUGGGUAUUCCUAGCUGGACAUCUUGCUAUGUUGAGGCAUUGGUUUGCCAGGCUCUGA